AUUCUAAGUAAGCAUCGCUCUCUCCUUGCCGCGACCUGUCACCCGCCUCUGCCGCAUUGAAGGAUCUCCAUCACGUGACUUUAGUACACACAGUCCAGGAAUGGUGGCAUUCCCACGAGUCCGGAGUAGAAUGUUAACCUUAGCUUAUGUUACGCUGUUUAGAUGUGUCGUGCUACGUAGUGUAUACAUACAGGUAUAUAGCAGUAUGCACUAUGUAACAUGUAUCAUAUUGGUGGAGUCGAUCAUAAUCGCUGUUCUGAUCUCCCAUGGAUGGUGCUCAUCGUUCGGCGCGUCAGGGCUGAGACUCGGAGCCGAGAAAUGGAGUACCAAGAUAUUCUACAUAGGGGAGCGUGAACGACGGAGCAGACGUAUGCUAGGGCACCACUUUCCCCUAACAAGGGAAAGGGUUAAGGAUGUCGGGUGGCCCACCUAAAGUUUGUUGGGAUUCCCGCGUUAGAAAGUUCAAAGUUAGGGUCCCUCCGGUGGGCACACAACAAUAAGCGAAGGAAUGGGGGAAAUAGUAUGGAUAUGUGGGCUAGCGGUAGGC